AUGGAGAUGAUUUCGUUCAACAUCGACACGGGCUACCUCGAGGGAGUGGUGCGGGGCUACCGCUCCUCGCUGCUCCAGUCGCACCACUACCAGUCGCUCACGCAGUGCGAGACGCUCGACGACUUCAAGAUGCAGCUGCAGGCCACCGACUACGGCAACUUUCUCCAGAACGAGCCCAGCCCGCUCUCGACCUCGACGAUUGCCGACAAGGCGACGCGCAAGCUCGUCGCCGAGUUCGAGUACCUGCGCACCAACGCCGCCUACCCGCUCAACCGCUUCCUCGACUACAUGACCUACGCCUACAUGAUCGACAACGUCAUCCUCCUCAUCACGGGCACCCUCCACGACCGCGACACCCACGACCUCCUCGCGCGCUGCCACCCGCUCGGCGUCUUUGACACCCUCCCCGCCCUCUGCGUCGCCUCGACCGUGUCCGAGCUCUACCACUCGGUCCUCGUCGAAACCCCCCUCGCCCCCUACUUCCGCGACUGCCUCAGCGCCUCGGACCUCGACGACCUCAACAUUGAAAUCAUCCGAAACACGCUCUACAAGGCCUACCUCGAGGACUUCCACGCCUUCUGCCAGUCCCUCGGCGGCACGACCGCACACACCAUGGGCGAGCUGCUCAGCUUCGAGGCCGACCGCCGCACCAUCAACAUCACCAUCAACAGCUUCGGCACCUCGCUCUCCAAAGAGGAGCGCGCACGCCUCUUCCCCACCAUCGGCCGCCUCUUCCCCGCCGGCAACAACGUCCUCGCAAAGGCCGACGAGCUCGAACAGGUCAAAAACGUGUGCGACCAGAUCCCACAGUACCGCGGCUUCUUUGAGGGCUCCUCGGCCAUGGCUGGCGGCGGCGCAGAGGCCAGCGCCGACAUGCUCGAGGACAAAAUGUUUAAGCUCGAGGUGCAGCUCAACCGGAUCCUCACCAUCACCCAGUUCCAGUUCGGCAUCUUUUACGCCUGGCUCAAGCUAAAGGAGCAGGAGAUCCGCUCCAUUACCUGGAUCGCAGAGUGCAUCGCGCAAAACGCCAGAGAUCGCAUCUCGGACUUUAUCCCGCCCCUCUGA